AUGGAUCAGGACUCGUUCAGGAAGCUCCUCCAAACCCCGGGAGCCUCCAUUCAGCACGGCUCGCUCCUCGCCGCGGGGACCAAAUCGAAGCAGAAGGUCGUGAAUUCUGUCCAGCCUGCGUUCAAGCCUCGCACAGUCAAAAAGAAGACCGAAGGACCCUACCGUGAUCGCGCCGCCGAACGCCGCCUCGGGCUUGACAACGAUUACGCGCAAGUUGAAGCUCUCGCAGAAGAUUUCGAGCGUAACAAUGCCCACAAUGCGGACCGUGAGGCAGUAGAGGAGCAGCGCCGCUACCUUGGUGGGGACAGUGCGCACUCCGUGCUGGUUAAAGGCCUUGACUACGCGCUGCUUGAGCAGAACCGCGCGCGCGAAUCCGCGUCGACUAAUGCUCAGGACGAUGACGCGCUCGAACGCGCAUUUGUCGAGAUCUCCGAAGCGUCCUCUAGCGGGCAGAAACGCACGCGCGAGGAGAUCGUGCAGGCUUUGAAGAACAAGAGAGCAAGGGUUGGUAAAGACGCAAACGCACGGCCGGAGAAGCUUCCGAGUUCUGACGUGGCACUCGAAGAAGCAAAGAAGGUGGGCAAAUUUAAGCCUAUCGGUUUCAAACCUAUCGGAAGUAUUGCGGGGGAGAAGGCGAAGAAGAAGGUGAAGCAAAAUACAGAGGCGCUGGGUGAGAAGGGAGAGCGGAAGAAGAAGCGGAAAGUUGACUCAAAUGCUGAUGAAAUGCUUCCUCCACCACCUCUCCCUGUACCUACCCCUUCCGCAGACGCUGGUCCAUCGAAGCCGGUCGUUCCAUCUGUUCCAGAAUCAGGAUCAGAACCUAUACCGGAAGACUUCGAUAUCUUUGCGGACGCUACUGAAUACACAGGUAUUGACCUUGACGAGGACGAGGACAGCGACAGCGAAACGCAGGGAAAGAUAAAAGAAGAAGGUAGACGAGAGUUUGAAGAAGACGAAGAACAGAGCGUACCCUUCAGAAGAGAGUGGUUUGAAACGGAGGAAGAUGAGCAACCUCCAUCUCCCAAACCUGGUGUGGAUCACGCUGUCACGACAAAACCACCACUUCCGAACACUUCCCGAUUUCCUACUACAGGUUCGCCUGUCCCGGCGGUGCCUGAAUUCGAGGAAGGCGAAGAGGAAGAAACAGAGGCUCCAGUCCGCCUGCAACCACUUGCAUCUUCGGCGUUGCCCUCCAUUCGGGACUUCCUCGCGCUCGACUCGGCGGCAGACAAGGCGAUCAAGCGGCGAGCCCGCAAGGAUAAGAAGCGCGAGGGUGGUGGACAGGGCGGAGGCGCCAAGGACUCGAAGGCUGAGAAGGACAAGCUUGACAGAGACUACAAGCGAUUGAAAGCGUAUACAGAUAAGAAGGCGGCUGCAGGUGGGGACAAACGCUGA